GCCUUUUCCUUGUUGAUGCAAAUCCGUCUGACUCGGUGCGUUUGGAGGAAACCCAACACUCGUUUCGCCUCGCUCUUAUCUGUCCCUCCAUCCUUCGAAUGUCCCGCCCCCGGACUACGUGUGCUUCAAGGACCCUAAGACCACGAUGAGCCUGGGCCGCACGAACUAACCAUUGCUAAUUGUUCCUUUAGCUGACCGGAGGCCUCACUCAUACCCCUCUUUGUCCUGGAGCUUUUGCAUCGACUAAUCAACAUAUCCUCAUAUACUGGCCGAGCCAUCCUUUUCCUCACGUAUAUCAACAGCCUUGCCCUGCUAAGAUUGUGGACAACAGCCGAGCUUGAACUUUUGUCCUCUAAGUUGUCUGCUUGUGUUCUGCCAAAGUUCAACAUGACGACCCCUCAUACGGCCCACGAGGGGCUUUCUGCGCCCGUUCAUCAGGUCUCCUUUCGGGAAAAGGUGGACGUUUUCCCGGGGCUUCUAUCACUCCUUGGGACAGCUCUGUAUACAGCAGCCGCCGCCCCUUUCCGCGGCGACGACGGAGCCCAUACAUAUGGGCAGCAUAUCAGCUUUGCCAUUGUGCGAAAGAUGGUGCAAAGGUUCAGCACGCUUCAACUACAAUAUAUCGGCGCCCCAUUUUCGACAAUCUAUGAGAAGUGGUGUAAAAGCGCUGGCGUCCAGCCCGAGUUUGUGACUCUGAAGUCUGGAUGCAAAGCGUUCUGGAUGGGCGAUCCAAAGACAGCCAAAUACGUCUGUGUUUAUUUCCACGGAGGUGGUUUCUCGCUCGAUGGGGACGAUACCCAUCUCCAAUUCUGGAACAACGUUCAGAACGACCUCAAAGCCGACAACAUCUCAAUUGCAUUCUUGUUCCUCGAGUACUCGCUUGUGCCGCAUGCCACUUUCCCCAAGCCCAUCUACGAAGCCGUUGAAUCUGUCAAGUACGUCAUGGAAGACCUGAAACGCCCGGCAUCGGAGAUCAUACUCGCUGGUGAUUCUGCGGGCGGUAACAUGUGCCUCGGAGUCCUGUCACAAAUUAUGCAUCCAUCUCCUGAAUUUCCGGAGCUCAAAUUGGCCGACGGAGAGAAGCUCAAGGGUAUUGUAGCCGUGGCUCCGUGGGUCAGCUUCAAGCUUGAAUGGGAGAGCGAGAAAAGGAACCGUUACAGGGACAUUGUCAGUCAUCACGCCGGUAGCAAGUGGUCGAAGGACUACCUUGCAGGGAAACCAUCGACGCCGUUUGCCGAGCCGCUCAAUGCUCCCGCGGAGUGGUGGAAGGAUGCCAAGGUUGAGAACAUCCUGGCUACGGCUGGCGGAAACGAGAUCCUGGUGGACUCUAUUGCUGAAUGGGUGGAAAAGUACAAGUCCGCCAACCCGGACUCCCUCACCCAUGUGGUUGGUGCGAAUGAGGCGCAUAUUGCUCCCAUCAUUCACUUGCGGUUUGGUGACAAGGCUGAAACAGAGCAAGGAAAGGCCAUCAAAUCGUGGCUGAAAUCGAAGUUGUGACAAUCUUGAACAGACGAUGCAUCUGCUAUCACUGUUUGAAUUAGAAAUAUACGUCGAAGAAUACCCCGUCAAUCACGUUUGAGUCUGACACGGAGCUGUCUUGUCG